AUGAGCAUAUUGGUAGUAGAUAUGGAUGAAGUUCGGAGUUUGGCCCAGCGCCACAGCAUCGAGAUGGGGCUCGAACGGCUGCGCGUAGUUGGCCAGUACGUGGGAUCGUGGUGGGACGCAGGCCGGCUGCGUCUAGAGUUUGGGAAUGUGAGUGGCCUGGCGAGCGCAGGUGGGCGUGCGGUGCUGGAUGCUAGCGAGAGCGCGCUGGAGCGGGUCCGUCGCGCACGCGCAGGGCUCGUGGAAGGUGCUGUGUGCGACGUGCGGUGCUGCGUAAUGGGCCGGGACGUGGAGGUGAUGGAGCUGCGAGUGCUAACGCUGCGGGAAGUGCAAGCUCUGGGCGAGUUUUUGGCCGGGGACGCGGGGCGAGAGUUCAUGAGCCUGAGCUCUGGGGCUCUGCAACACGCUGGGCACGACAGACGCGACGAUGAGGACCGGGCCCGCUGA